CUUUUACGACCAUGGAUCUACCAAUUUACGACCGGACCCGGCAACGGGACACGUUGCCGCAGGGGCCGGGCCUGGCGCUCGGUCACGCCCCCAAGGGCGGGCGCGCUCUCUCAUUGGCUGUCUCGCCGCUCCUGCCCUCCCUCUCGCGCCUAACGCGGCGGGGGGCGUCACGUGACACGGCGGGGCAGCGCGGGAGGAGGGAAGGAGGGUCCCGGUGUCCGGCGGGUCCCGGGAUGCGGUGGCGGCUGCUGUGGCUGCUCAGCGCCGCCGCCGGCUGCUGCUGCUGGGGCCCCGCCGCGGGCAAGACGCUGCGGGGUGGCUUCGCCAGCGCCGUCGCCCGCCGGGAGCCGUGGCGGCCCGUGGCGCGCUUCCAGUUCCACGGCGACCAUGCUGUUCUGUGUGUCAGAAUCAAGAAUAUAGCAGUAGCUGUGGCAAAAGCAGCUAGACUUCAUCUCUUUCAAGCACAGGAAUGGCAGAAGCUGGAGAACAGUGUCCAAGAUCACAGCUGUACAGAGAAGUUCUCUAAAGCUCAGCUGACAAUGACUGUGAACCACACAGAGCAAAAUCUGACAGUGUCCCAGAUUCCUUAUCCGGAAACAUGGUAUGUGUUUUAUGUAGACAAGUUUACCUGCGAGGAGAAUUAUUCUGAAUCCGAGGAUAUUCAGUUUGAAAUGGUCUUACUAAACCCAGAUGCAGAAGGGAAUCCAUUAGAUCACUUUAGCGCAGGGGAAUCUGGAUUACAUGAAUUCUUUUUCCUGCUUGUCCUAGCAUACUUCAUAACUGCUUGCAUAUAUGCACAAUCCCUGUGGCAAACUAUUAGGAAGCGUGGACCUAUGCAUGGUGUAUUAAAGGUGUUGACAAUUGCAUUACUGUUGCAGGCUGGUUCAGCUUUUGCCAACUACCUGCAUUUCUCAAGUUAUUCUAGAGAUGGGAUAGGAGCUCCUUUUAUGGGAAGUCUGGCAGAAUUAUGUGACAUAGUUUCACAGAUACAAAUGCUGUAUUUAUUGUUGAGUCUGUGUAUGGGUUGGACAAUAGGCAGAAUGAGGAAAUCUCAUGGCAGACCUCUUCAGUGGGAUUCCAGUCCAGCAUCUACCGGCAUUGCUGUAGUAGUUGUUGUUACACAGAGCUUUUUGUUAAUUUGGGAGCAGUUUGAAGAUACAAAUCACCACAGCUACCACUCGCACCAUGGCUUGGCAAGCGGGCUGCUCAUUGGCCUCAGAGUCUGCCUAGCUCUGUCCCUGGCUGCUGGGCUGUACCAGAUUAUCACUGUGGAGAGAAGCACGCUGAAAAGGGAGUUCUAUAUCACCUUUGCCAAAGCCUGCAUUCUCUGGUUUCUGUGCCACCCAUGUCUUGCAACCAUUGCUGUAAUAUUCAGAGAAUAUCAAAGAGAAAAGAUUAUUACCAUAGGUGUUAUCCUCUGUCAGUGCAUCUCCAUGGUUAUUCUCUACAGACUUUUUUUAUCUCAUAGUCUAUAUUGGGAAGUAUCUUCACUGUCAUCAGUGACAUUGCCACUAACAGUAUCCUCUGGACAUAAAAAUCGACAUCACUUCUGAGAUGUUUAGAAAGAAUACAUUCUGUAAUAAAUGUGCAAUAAUGACUUGAAUAUACAGGUAUUUUUUUGUCACAAGUGUAUGAUACAUUGGUUUCACUGGAAAACUGAUAAUAUCAAAGCACUUCACAGACCUUUGGUCUGACAAGAUUCCUAGAUUAAUGUGUUCAAAGUAUUGUGGAGUGUUAACAUCCAUCAUUUGAAGAGUUUUAUAGAUAUUGUUUAACAAGGGGUGCUGAGCCAUAUAACAGAAGAGUACAAUGAAUUUUUUCUCUCCUGUUCACGGACACCAAAAAUGCCCUUACUUUGUGUCAAUACUAGGUUUGAAAUAAAAUGCAGUUCUUAAAACAUCUACAUGCUUAAACAAGUUUAAAAUAGGCCAGUUGUGAAAUUGGUGUGAUGCAUAAUGAUGAGUACAAGGGUUUUUUUUUUAUUUUCAUGCUUUAGAGAAAAUGUAUUUUAUAUAUCAGUGU